GUAGGUGUGUAAGUUCACUUGCUUGUGCGUAUGAGUUCAUGGCUACAUGAAUAUGUGAGCCUGAGUGGGCGUGUAUGUGGGUACUAUUUAUGGGUCGGAGCACUCUGUUUCUCCCAGGCUUUCCCUGUGGAGCUGCAAUGAUGGGAGUCCUGCUCAUUCUGUGCUUGACCGUUGCCUCUGUUUGGACAGCACCAACUCAGACAGAUUCUGACCCUGUGAUCAUUCUGAAGCAUGGCAGCAUUCGUGGCAAGUAUGUAACAGUGAAAGGCUCAGAUAAAGUAGUGGAACAGUAUCUGUCCAUUCCUUUUGCUCAGCCACCCGUGGGUCCUCUCCGUCUGGCGGCACCCCAACCUGUUGAACCCUGGGAGGGGGUGAGAGAUGGCACACAGCACUCUAAUAUGUGUCUUCAGGACCCAGAUGUCAUUAAAUCUGUGUCAAAAAUUAUGGCCUUAAAUUUCACUCCCCCUUCUGUCUCGGAGGACUGUCUUUACCUAAAUGUGUACACUCCCUCUCAACGCUCAGCAUCAGAAAAAUUACCUGUCAUGUUCUGGAUCCAUGGAGGGGGCCUGUGUACGGGUGGAGCCAUGGAGUAUGAUGGAUCAGUACUGGCAGCCUAUGAAAACAUAGUUGUUGUCAUCAUUCAGUAUAGGCUAGGCAUACUGGGCUUCUUCAGCACUGGAGAUAAACAUGCCCAAGGCAACUGGGGCUUUCUGGACCAGAUUGCAGCACUGCAGUGGGUGCAGCAGAACAUUGAGAGCUUUGGUGGAGAUCCUCAGUCAGUCACUAUUGCUGGGGAAUCUGCAGGGGCAAUCAGUAGCUCCAUGCUGACCCUUUCCCCACUUGCCAGAGGGCUGUUUCACCGAGCCAUCUUUCAGAGUGGGACAGCAGCUCUGGGACAUUACUCAACAAAAGACCCCACGACCUUUGCCAAGAUGGUAGCAAAUGUCACAGAGUGUGAUAGCAGCUCCUCAGAGCUGCUGGUCAAGUGUUUAAGAGAAAAGACGGAAGAGGAUAUCAUAAAGGCAAGCAAAAAGCAAAAAAUCUUCCUCGGAGCCACAGUGGAUGGGGAAUUUCUGACAGAUGUAGCAGAGGAAGUUUUGAAGAACAAGGAUUUUGAGAAAGUCCCAGUGCUUUUAGGUGUGACAAACCAUGAAUUUGGAUGGAUCCUCCCUCUGACUUUUGCCCCUGCAGGGUGGGAAAAAGGGAUGAACAGAGAGGCAGUGACUCUAGUCACAAACCUGUUUUUCCCAGAUGGAGUCUCUGGAGCCAAUGAUUUAAUAAUUGAUGAAUACCUAAAGCAUGCUCAGUCUCCAGAGGACAUAAGAGAUGAGUUUACUCAAAUGAUAGGGGAUCUUUUCAUGGUGUUCCCUGUAAUAAAAAUGGCUGGAUAUCAUAGAGAUGCUGGAGCAAACGUGUACAUGUAUGAAUUUCAGCAUCGUCCCAAUGUUUUUAAAGACAGCAGACCCAGCUUUGUGAAGGCUGAUCAUGCAGAUGAUGUCGGCUUUGUGUUUGGAGCCUGCUUUUGGAACGGCCAUGUCAAAGUGAUAGGCACAAUAACUGAGGAAGAAAAUCAGCUGUGUAAAACCUUAAUGGGAUAUUGGGCCAACUUUGUUCGCACAGGCUCACCAAACGGACCUGGUCUGGUAAACUGGCCCCUCCAUGACACCUCUAAGAAGUAUUUGAAACUGGGAUUGAAACAAACAGAGGGACAAGGACUCAAACAGGACAGGCUGCACUUCUUGACUGUGGAGCUGCCUCAGAAGCUUGCUUCACUGCGCACAGCCUGAGAAGCACUUCUCUACUAUAACUACUUUUUAAAUGCUGUAGUGCUUUGGGACUUGAAAAGCACAAUCCAAAUAAAAUGUAUCAUUACUAUUAUUACUACCAACAAAUGCUUGUUUUCUAAUAGUUGUGUCAUAUUAUAUGUUUCUGGAAGCCUG